UCGACGUCACUAACCGUGACCAACCGCUGUGAGAGGCUAAGAACCAUUAUUCUACCUUGCUUGCUGCAAUUUAAUAAUACAAGGUUUUGCGAGAUAAUACAAUAGCCAGAACACUUACUAAGCAAAGUUACCAUGAAGUCCGCCUGCCUUAUCAUUCUGGCAUCUUUUGCGGUCUGCAACCUAACCUUGGCACGAGCACAGGGCAUUCCCCCCGAAGAAGAUACUGGAGACCAGCAGACUAUAGACGAUAUCAUCUUACAGCGAGCUGAGAGCCUGCUACUCCGCUCUAUCCUCAAGAAGAUAGAGGAUGAAGAUGGCGCGAACGAUGGACAGUUCUCUCAGUCUGUCUGGAUGGUGAAACGGCAGCACCCCGGUAAGAGGUACCAGGAUGAGCUGGAGAAAAGACAGCACCCCGGUAAACGAGAGGAGGAUGAGGACGAAGACUAUACGGAGGUCCAGAAACGACAGCACCCGGGAAAACGCGAGGACGAAAUUGACUCUUUUGUGGAGCUCCAGAGAAGGCAGCAUCCAGGCAAGCGCUCAAUCUUGGAGCAGAUUACAGAAAACCCCGCAUUUCUAAGUGAACUCUCCAAACGUCAGCACCCAGGCAAGCGCAACGCAAUCAUGUACAGCAAGCGCCAGCAUCCCGGCAGGCGUGAUGUGGACGACGAGUCAGACCCAGUGGACCUCCAAGAGUUGGAGAAGCGCCAGCACCCUGGCAAACGCUACUGGGAUAACAUGAGCCAGGAUUUCAGCGCCAACAGUCCUUGUGAUGUGAUGGACCCAGGCUGCAGUAAGGCCAACCUGUUGCUUGAGCUAUUGGACAACGUGACCAAGAGUCGUGCAGAGGAGAAGAGACAGCACCCGGGUAAAAGGUCCACACCGGAUGAGGAUUUGACUGAUCAAGAGUGACGAGUGGGGCUGGUGCGUGUGUGGUUAACUGUGAUGUAAAAAAUAACGUGUAUAAAUUGAUAUAAUUAAUAUUUGUUUAUUAACAAAUUGCCUCUGGUAUCCUGUAGUUUUGGCAAGCUGUUUUCAUGAAUGGUAUCCAGAAAACGUCCACAGCCCUUGAGUGUGAGAAAGGUGCUACACCAAUUAAAAUAAUAAUAGGCACAACAAUUAUUUAUUAUAAAGUAUCUAGCCAAAAACGUUCAAAUUAUAUAGGGUAUUAUUAUUAGAAACACGCACACGUUCUCAGAAUCAUUAAAGUUGGUUGUUGGACCAAUAUUUUUGUCAUGAGACGCCCAGAAAUGUAUUCCUUUGCCAGAUUAAGCCUAUUGGGAGGAAAAUAAAGCGAAGCAUCUCGGGGAAAUUGUUUGGCUUUGAGAGGACACUUGUAAAAUUCUCGAAUAUAAUGAGUUAUAUCGACAAAAUGUAUUAGACAUAGAGCCAAACUGGCCUGUAUUUUUUUUUUAUUAUUAUUUAAGGUCCACAUGUACAAUACAAGGAAACAUUCCCUGGAAAAAAAUAGUGGGUCACUGGAUUAUUUUUCUAAUUCAAUAUUCCUGCAUGAUAUAAAAACGGAUUAAUUGUUGUACAUCUUCUUUUACUUUUGCCUUAAAGCUUAUUAUGUAUCUACAAUUCUGUUAUACAAUAAAAAUGCAUCGGUAAGGAUCACUGA